AUGCAGCGCAGUGGCGGCUCCGGAGUCCCGAGGGAGGUGGCGCGUGUCAGUCGGCCCUUCCCGGGCUCCGGCAUGUUCACCUCCGCCCGAAGAGGCUUCUCCAUCGAAGCGCUCGUGGGCACCUCCACAGAGCCCCUGCUGCGCCCGGCGCCCGCCAGACCCUGUGCCUCACCCGCCUGGGGGGCUGCCCGCUUGCUGGUCCCGGAGCCUCCUGCUGCUCCGGACCGCGGAGCCGGGGGUCGCCUGGGCCCGCCCCCGCCCUGCCCCCGGGACUUGUGCCGCUGCUGCCCCUGGCUUCUCCGAAGCCGCUUGUGGACGCCGAGCUUCCCGGGAGAAGUUCAUUCUGCUGAGAAUCUGCUGAUCUGUGGGCCCUUUACUCGAAAGCCUAAAAGGAUCCGGACAGCCUUCUCCCCAUCCCAGCUCCUGCGGCUGGAAAGAGCCUUUGAGAAAAACCACUAUGUGGUGGGAGCAGAGAGGAAACAGCUUGCAAACAGCUUGUGUCUAACGGAAACUCAGGUGAAAGUAUGGUUCCAAAAUCGUCGGACAAAACACAAACGGCAGAAGAUGGAGGAGGAAUGCCCAACAGCAGAGGAGAAGAGGAAGAGUGGAAUGCUCAGGAGUCAGUGGCAGGUGGCUGCUAGGCAGGGCAUCGAUGAGGACAUUGAUGUGACAUCUGAGGAUUAGACAUGCUCUUGGGGACUGGAAAGUGCCUUCUCAUGAAAGAAUGCUUGAAGCCUUGCCCUGGGACAGGUUUGAUGGCUGAGGCAGGGCCCUCUUUCAUGAGGCUGAUGGAGUUUAGGAAUUUUCCAAUGGUGUCUUAAAAAGCAACAGCCAGGGGGGCAGCUAGGUGGUUCAGUGGAUAAAGCACCAGCCCUGGAUUCAGGGGUCCCUGAGUUCAAAUCUGGACUCAGACACUUGACACUUACUAGCUGUGUGACCCUGGGCAAGUCACUUAACCCCCAUUGCCCCGACAAAAUCCAAACAAAAAAAAAACAAAAAACAAAAAAACCACACACACAUACAGAGCCAGGAAUCUGGAUUUGAGACUAACAGACACCACCCAUUCAAGACUUCUAGGUAACAAAGUGGAAAAAUUGAUGAAAAUUUUCUUCAGAGAUGGGCAUGAGCGUGGUGGUACAUGGUGGCACAACUGACACCUUUGAGAGGCAGUGUGCCACCAAUCAAGUGUCCACACUAAAUCUGGCACCAAUAUGGUGAGUCUCCAGUACUUAGAGACCACCAGGCCAGAAACAGUAGGUCACAGCUCCCAUGCUGAUCAGUAGUGGGAUUGGGCCUAUGAAUGACCACUGCACUUUUCAUCCUGGAUGAGAUAAGGAGACCCUGCCUCAAAAAAAAAAUUGUUUUCACAGGGAAUUUACAUUGCAAGUGAGCUGGAGCUCCAAAUGAGUACACUGACAUAGGAGAUAGAGCUACUUCAUUUAGCAGAUACUCCUGUAGUGUACAAAGGUUGGAGAAAAGGCCUAGAAGAGACUGUUAGAGGAAGCUGAUUCAUUUCUAGGCUUGGCCUCUCUGAUCCAUCCUUACCUGUUUGAGCUGGGUUCUCUCAGCCAUGCUCACUCACUUCCCUUCAUUCUAUCCAUUACUUCAGGUUUGUGGUUAAGGAGUCAGAAUGGGAAGAGGACACCCUGAAUCUCCUCAGAGAACCCCAUCAUUUUUUUUUAA